UGUGUUUGUUUGGGCUUUGUGUGUGUCUGUACGUGGGGGGGGGGGGUGAGUGUGUUUGGUUGGUCGUUUGAGUGUAUGUGGGUGCGUGGAGAGUGGAACACUCGAUCCUUUCUUUUCAUAAGUUUCAUUCAGUUUCAUUAAAUAUAAAGCAAUGUGAUACGCUUUCUUUUUCUUUUUUGUUUGCAUAAACAUAUUUUCGUGAAUAUUUAUUCGUUUGACUGGCUGAUUUUAUGAAUAAAUUAACCGCCUGUAAUAUGAAUGUGUCAAAUACUAUGAUUUUGUAUUGUGGAUAAUUAUUUGCCUUAUGACCGGUGUUUUGUUUGAUUUAUAUUGUAACAAUUGCACUUAACUGUUUUACAAUAAAAAAAAAAAAUUAUAUGUCGAACCGCCAAAUGCUGUCAGUCUUUCAUUUGGGGUGAAUAGGUGCAAACUUGAACUUUAUUUGUUUUUGGAAUUAAUUAACAAAGUAAAUAAUAUACAUAUACGCUGGAUAUAUACAUCAAAUACAAAUUAAGGAAUAGUCAAUGACUGCUUAUGAACUACGACACACUUUUCCCCGACAAUAUACAGAUAAUUUAAACGAGUUCGGUAUUAAGGUGGUCUGCCAAGCGGAUGAUGUGAUAUUUCAAUUGCUGCUUCCUUUUGUCUGAAUUCAUUUUAUUUUGUUCAAAGAAAUUAAAACACGCAGACAAAUAUUCUACUUCCCCUUUAUCAAACUUGAAUUUCUCUCUUAUGACGCUCCUGAUUGCUAUGCUAGGUUUUCUUACCUUAUACUUAGUUUGUAAUAUAUUCAUUUCAUCCGUUUUAUUCUUCUUAAUAAGCUACUUAUUUAUCCCCUUCUUCAUUCCCCUUUCCCUCCUCCUCCUCUUCAUCAUCAUCUUCUUCUUGUUGUCCACUUUCUCCACCUUCUUCCUCUCCUCCUCCCUCUUCUUCUUCUUCCACUCCUCCUUUUUAUGCAAGAACCGGAUGUAUGCUUUAUCCUCCUUCUUCAACUCCUCCUCCUCCCUCUUCUUCUUCUUCUUCUUCUUCUUCUUCUUCUUCUUCUUCUUCUUCUUCUUCUUCUUCUUCUUCUUCUUCUUCUUCUCCUCCUCCUUCUUCUUCCACUCCUAUUUAUGCAAGAAACGGAUGGAUGCUUCGAGAAAUUAUCUGAAGUGUUGACGAACCAAAAUCAGGAGUCGUUUCAGGAUAAUUCAAUAUGGCAGAUGUACCUUUAUCGUUAUCUGGUAACUUUGUAAAAAAUUAUAAGCUACCCUAUAUGUAACAUUUAUAAAACGGGGCCCUUUAGGGUUUCUUUUUAUCAUAAACCUGAACAUAAUUAAGCCAUACAAAAACUCACAAUAGUCAUCCAAACUUUCGUAAAGUCACUGCUACCCUUUAAGAAACCCUGGUACAGUGUCCAUGACCUGCAAUUAUUUCUGUCAAACAUUUUUGGGGGGAAGCAAAAAAAAAAACUUAUCGAAUCCUGUCCGACAAUUUUGUUUUAAUUAGUAUUGUUACUCUCCUGUCAAACAUUAUAUAUUCGACACCUAGUAUAGCUCCCAAGCGUGCCGAGAACCGGUAUCACUAUUCCAAUUAGCCCUACCCCGCACGAUAAGUGUCACAUACGGUCUAAGACCUCGAUAUCGUGUCACUAUUUUCUAAAAAGUUCACGCAGUUCUUCAUGUUCCACUUUCACUAUAGGCCCACUUUUCUUCGACUAAAGAGUCAACAAAAAUGAAAUUCUAAAUCCAUAACCACCUUCCAAUAGAAGUAUGAAAUAACCUUACAAAACAAGAAUAUACCAAAAGUAAAAAAAAAUCUAAAGAUUUUAUAUUUAUUACAAUACAACUUAUCAAAUAUUAAUUGGACACGGAUAUCAGUUUCAUGUUGUGUGAAGGCACAACUCGCUACGAGGAUUUACCACAUUAAAAAAUGUUAUAGACAUAUCAACACUUUUUUUGUUGAAAAAUCUAUAGCACGAUAAGAUCAACCAAUCAUCGAACACUUCAAUAUGUGGUCACACCUUGGCCCUUUCAUGGUGCUCUAACAUUUUAAUUUUAACGUGUAUCAGUUAAUCUAUUUCGAUUAGAUGAGCAAAUCAUUCAAUCAUGCAUAAAAUCCCCCAAAGAAUUUGAUUACAUACUUUACAAGUAAAAAAUUGUCAUUUCCUUAAAUGUACCCUUUUAAAAUCGCAACCUGAUUGUCACUACAGCAGUGUGUAGUGAUGUUAUAUUCUCUCAUCCAAUCUUCAUCAAGAGUCUGAUUAUCAAGACUAUACCACCAAAGAGGUAUAUGUUUCCCCAGAAGGUGUGACUCACCGCUAAUAGUAGAGUAAUUUCAUUGUUCUCCAACUUCUCUCCAAGAAUAUCUUCUUGGAAGUAAAGAUAACUUUCAUUCUCAUAGUCAGAGUGAUGGAGUAAAGUACUACUCACAAUCAGUUGCAGAAAGUUCAAGUAAAUUGUUAUUUGUGGACAACUACAAAGGCCCAAUUCGGUAAGAACAUAUUUCAUAUAAUAUUGUUUUGAUAUUUAACAUGGUAAAUAUAUUGUAGAAUUCAUAUUACUAUUUAAGAUAGUUUUGAAUGUUUUUAGUUAGAGAAGAUUAUGUGUUUGUGUUAACAGAGUGUAAUACGUAUAUUGCAUAGUGUAGGAAAGUUGAUUUCUUUGUUGUACAGUUUAGUAUAUUUGAGGAAUAGGUGAAUAUACUGAUGUUGAUAGAUCUCAUAAUAUUGUUCUUGUAUAAUACAUUUCCAUCUAGAAGUGCUAAGAUGUAAAAGGCUUUUAAAUACAAUGAAUUAGUUGGGUGUAAUUAUACAUAAAGCAAGAAGUCUAGUUUCAUUGGGAAACAAAGAGAGUCUGUUUUUGCUAAUCCAGUAGAAGCAGGGUCUAUGAAUGACUACUUUGGAAUGUGGCCCCUUUCACAUUCAUCCCUUUUUACUUUCUCUUUUGAGUAGAUAAGUUACUGCACGUUGUAAAUGCAGGGCUUGUUCACAUUUGUAUUUUAAUCUGGUUUAACUUUAAUCUUAAGAUAGAAUAAUGUUAUGCUGUUUCGUUAUAAGCUGAGUUAGUGUAAUAGUAGGAACUAUUACUAGUUUGUUUUCUUAUUAUACUCUAAUCAUCUCUAAAGAGUUACUUCUUUAGUUUCAUGUUUAACUUGUGAUAAUGUAGAUUACUGUUCGUACAUGGCCAAUUUGUUAUUAAGAACAAAACCAUAACUUUCGUGGAGAGAAAGACCUUUCCUCUGGGAGUGAUUUAGGGAGAAACCUUGAAUGAAUGACUGUGUUGGCAUGUAGUUAUGUUCACCCGGCCAAUAUCUAUUGGGUAGAAUACUUAGUAGUGCACAGCACAAAGUGAGUGUAGAUGUGUUCAUACGAGGAUUUAAUCAAUAGAUUAACUUUAUUCCUUGUAUAUUUUAUACUCUAUUAAAUUAGGUUAAUGUUAUAAGGUAUAAUAGUACAAGUGUAUGAUGAUCACUUAUAUUAGUGUCAGAUUAAUUCUCAUUUAAUCAUAUGUAAUCGUAAUUGUUGUACUAACUUAGAUUUAGUAAUUGACAUGAUUUCAAGAUGAAACAUUUGUUUAUUAUUGUUUGUUUAUUCAUUAUCAUUACAGAUUGUUAUCUGAAGGUGCAUAUAAGUAUAACUGAAAGUACGACUGAAGUUUGUCACCAGUGUUGGAGAUUAACUGAAUAAAGCGAAAGUUUGUUUUAUUUCAACAAGUCGAGUCCAGCAUUGAUUGAUUCCUUGUGCCUUGUGAAUAACAAUAGUUGGACAUAAGUAGACGAAACUCCUUCGUAGAAAGUUUUACGAAGGCAGUCACAAUAACAAUCGAACGGACAACUUGUGUCGUCCAGUCAGGAUCACGUUCAGAAAGUUCUGGAAUCAUCCAAACAUACUACUUGGAACUUUACUGCCCAAAAGUUUUUCAUCAUGGCCAACAUAGAUGGAAAAAAUCUAGUCAGCGAGGCUACACGUGUAGAUCUUCAGAGGACGUCCUCUUCGCUGCCAGAAAUGAUGGAUAAGUAUCCAAAACCAGCUAGGAGUCUAGCAAGCAGAAAAUCAGCCAAAAGCGAGAUGCUUAUCAAGGCCUUUCAGGCUGAACUUGAUGUUAUGGACAAAGAGGACAACAUAAAGAUUCUGCAAAGGGAGCAUGAACAUGCAAUGCAACUGGAGAGAGCCCAGAUGGAGCUGAAACGGUUGAAGCUGCAGAAAGAACAUCAGCAGAAAUUAGCCGAACUUGCAGAAUCAGAAGAUGAGCUCUCAAACACCAGUAUCAAGUUGCCAGAGGAGACGAAGGAGGAGUCUGUUCAAAGAUUCUUUGAAUCUCAAUCGACGGAUGAGGGCAAGAUCCAGACCCAAGCCCCACCAGUUCCAGCCACUCUGAGUGAAGUGAAGCAUGAACCAACCAACGCUUCACCAGGAAUGGAAAACGUGGUUGAGUCACUUGCCAAGGUAGCCAACAUGAUGCUGAAUCAAAAUGCGACUAGUCAACAAGUAUUGGCAGCCAGUCAGUUACCAAAGGUGGAUGUUCCGGUAUUUAAUGGUGACCCAUUACGAUAUCCCCUCUGGAGAAAUGCAUUUUCAAGUUUCGUUGACUCCAAGCCUCUAGAUGCCGCAACCAAGCUUCAUAUGUUGCAUACAUAUGUUACUGGUGAACCAAAGAAGGUCGUGGAGCAUUAUCUUCUUCUUGGCACCGAUGAAGCUUACCUGAAAGCAAGGGAGUCUCUCGCCAGCAGGUAUGGCAACACCAGUGUAGUUUCAUCAGCAUUCAUGAAGAAGUUAAACACGUGGCCGAGAAUCUCAGAUCGGGAUCCAAGUGGAUUGCGGUCAUUUGCGGACUUUCUCCAGCAGGUCAGCGUUGCCAAGGUGACUGUUGAUUCCCUUGGCAUUCUCGAUUAUCCGCAGGAGAACGUCAAGCUGUUGAGGAAGGUUCCAUUCUACCUUGAACGCAAAUGGAGAGACGAGGUGACCAAGUGGCAGCGAUGUGGAUAUGGCAGUUACCCUACCUUUGCCAGAUUUGUAGACUUCGUCACCAGUGCAGCAGAAGUGGCCAAUAUUCCAGAGUUGGAAUACACCAGGUUAGACGAGGCGAAAGUAAAGUCAGCACCUCCGAAAGGGAAGACCUUUCAAGGUCGGUCACUGUCUACAACAGCCGCACAUGGAAAGGAGUAUUCAUCAUGUCCUUACUGUGAUAAGGACCAUCACAUCGACGACUGCCCAGAGUUCAAGCAGAUCUACUACAAGGAUAAGAAGACGUUCUUCUUCAAGAAGUAUCUGUGUAUGGGAUGUGGCCAAAGUAGCAACCACCUUGGGAAGGACUGCAAGCAACGCCGGGAAUGUAAAAGGUGUAAGGGAAACCACUUGACAUGCCUACACCGACAGAAGAUAGAAAAAUCAUCGGCUAGCUCAAACUGUACCAACAUCUGCGAUCUUCCUGACCAAGAUGGAAAGGACCAUUGUAUGAUUGUGCCGGUUUGGGUGAGGCAAGCUGAUGAUCCAUCGAGGGAAUUCCUGGAAUAUGCGAUCCUCGACGACCAGUCCAACGUUGGAUUUGUCUCCAGUGGUCUUUGCCACAGAAUGGGUGUUAAAGGACCUGAGACUGAUCUUUUGCUGACAACAAUGCACGAGAGUGCUCGCAUUAGCUGUCAAAAGAUUAGUGGUCUCGAGGUCUUGGACUUCCAGAAGUCUACAGUUGUCCAACUCCCGUCCUGCUACACCAGACAAGAGGUUCCGGCCAAGCGGUCACAAAUUCCCAAGGCAGAAGUUCUGAGGAAAUGGAGGCAUCUAGCACCAAUCGCAGAUGAGUUGAUGCCAUACAACCCGUCAAUUAAGGUUUCCUUGCUCAUAGGAAACAACUGUCCUAGAGCAAUUCGACCCCGAGAAGUACUCGCUGGUGCAGAAGACGACCCGUAUGCGAUGAAAACCUCACUCGGAUGGGGCGUCGUCGGCAGAGUAUGUCAAAGUUCUCAAAGUGAUGAUGCCGUCUGUAACAGGAUUCAGACAAGUGAAGGAUAUCCCCACCUGGUGCACUCAAGCCAAGCGAAGGAAGUGUUUACACCAGAGUCUGUACUGAAGAUCUUGGAACAAGACUUCCAAAUGACAAGUCCGAAAGGAGCGCCACUUUCAGUGAAAGAAGCAAGAUUCAUGGCAAUCUUUGAGAAUGGAAUCCGCAAGAGAAGUGAUGGACACUACCAAAUGCCCUUGCCUUUGAAGUCUGAUCAUGUGACCUUUCCUGACAACAAGAUUCUUGCUGUUAAAAGAUGGAGACAGCUAUCUGCAAGAUUUAGGAAGAACCAGAAGUUUCUGGAGGACUACAAGGCCUUCAUGGAUGAUGUAAUCACCAACUACGCAGAACGAGUACCAGAUGACUGCUUGAAGGUUCGAGAUGGCAGAGUAAACUAUAUUCCGCACACAGGGGUGUACCAUCCACACAAGCCUGACAAGAUUCGUGUUGUAUUCGACUGUUCAGCAAAAUUUGAAGGUGUAUCCUUGAAUGAUCAUCUUCUGCAAGGUCCUGACCUGAUGAAUGGACUACUUGGUGUUCUGUGCCGAUUCCGAAAGGAAGAAGUUGCCUUCAUGGCUGAUGUGAAAGGAAUGUUCCUUCAGUUCUACGUAAAUGAAGAAGACCGGAACUUGCUGCGGUUCCUGUGGUAUGAAGGCGGUGACGAAACAAAGGAAGCUGUUGAAUACCGGAUGAAGGUUCAUCUCUUCGGAGCAGCUAGUUCUCCAGGAUGCAGUAACUUUGGACUGAGAAGGGCUGCAACAGAUGGUGAAGAAGAGUUCGGUUCAAGUGCAGCAGAGUUCAUUCGUAGAGACUUCUACGUAGAUGACGGUCUUAGUUCACGACCUACUGCGGAAGAGGCUGUGCAGCUGCUGAAAAACAGUCAAGCAAUCUGUGCAAAAUCAGGACUGAAAUUGCACAAGAUUGUGUCUAACAGCAGAGAAGUUCUGAAAAGCUUUCCAGCAGAUGAACGAGCAAAAAGCCUGCAAGACCUGGAUUUAGAUGUCGACAAGCUUGUGCUGGAAAGAGUUCUAGGAGUGUCCUGGAACAUUGAGAAUGACACCUUCAACUUCAGAGGGCAGGUGAAGGCAAACUCAUUCUCCAGACGAGGUGUUCUCUCAACGAUCAGUUCAAUCUAUGAUCCAAGCGGCUUUCUUGGUCCAGUAGUUCUUAAAGGCAAGAGGAUUCUCCAAGCUAUGUGCAAGCAGAACAUGGACUGGGACGAAUCUAUGACCGAUGAACAGCGUUCAGAAUGGGAGAAAUGGCUGCUUGAUCUCCAGCAUCUAGGUGACCUCCAACUCAAGAGAUGCUACAAACCAAGUAGGUUCGGCAAGGUCAAGCAGGUAGAAGUCCACCAUUUCUCUGAUGCCAGUCAGGAUGGGUAUGGGCAAUGUUCAUAUCUCCGUCUCAUCAAUGAGGAUGACAAAGUGCAUUGUUCAUUCGUAAUCGGAAAGGCCCGAGUUACUCCAUUGAGACCAAUUACCAUUCCAAGACUGGAGCUAACAGCAGCAACAUUGUCAGCCAAGAGCAGCACAUUCCUGAAGUCGGAACUGGAAUACGAUUCUGUGAAGGAGUUCUUCUGGACAGACAGUAAGGUUGUUCUUGGAUACAUAAAAAAUGAAGCCAGGCGGUUUCAUAUCUUCGUUGCCAACAGAGUUCAGACAAUCCGAGAGCAGACUGACCCUGAUGCAUGGUACUAUGUUGAUACCAAGGAGAAUCCUGCUGAUGGAGCUUCUCGAGGAAUCUCAUCAAAGGAGCUCACUUCUAGCCACUGCUGGUUUCGAGGCCCAGAUUUCCUGUGGAAUGAUGGUUUGUUUGCACCCCCAGGAGAUGAUCCAUGUACGGUAGAUGACCACGACCCAGAGGUGAAGCAUGCCUCAGUCCUGAGAACAGAAGCAACUACCAAGGUCAGUACAGGGCAAUUUGAAUCCAACCGUUUGAAUUGCUUCUCCAGUUGGCACUCUGCCAAGAAGGCAGUAGCCAGAUGUAUACAGCUGAAGACGAGUCUGAAGAAAAGGGCUAACCAGCAUACCAGAACGAGUUCUAGAUCAGUGGAAGCAACGAUCCCUAAGGUUGUGACAGUGAGUGAGCUGCAGGAAGCUGAGAAGGUCAUCAUUAGAGGUUUACAACAAGAAAACUUCCCGCAGGAGCUGCAGAUUCUUAAAGAACUAGAUAAGACAGGAGAAAUGAGUAGACAUGAAGUACCUACUCGAAAUGCGGCACUGAAGAAAACCAGUGCCCUCUUCAGAUUGGACCCGUUUCUAGAUGAUGACGGGGUGAUUCGAGUCGGCGGCCGGAUACAUCGCGCCAAUUUGUCCAGUAACAUUAGACAUCCAGUGAUUAUUCCUCGUAAGAGUCAUGUCACAACACUGCUGAUCCGAGAUGCUCAUCACAGGACCCAACAUAGUGGUAGAGGCAUUACUCAUAAUGAGCUACGUCAGAGAGGAUACUGGGUGAUAGGAGGAGUGUCUGCAGUUUCACAAUGCAUCUCGUCCUGUGUGACAUGUCGACGAUUGCGAGGACAGCCCCUCCAACAAAAGAUGGCAGAUCUUCCAGAAGAAAGAGUUGAGCCUUCUCCACCAUUCUCGUAUUGUGCAGUGGACUAUUUUGGACCCUUUCUUAUCAAGGAAAGACGGAGUGAAGUCAAGAGAUAUGGUGCGCUCUUCACAUGUCUGUCUUCAAGAAGUGUACACCUGGAAACUGCUAACAGUCUUAGUAGCAGUGCCUUCAUCAACGCGUUGCGGCGUUUCAUGAAUCGACGGGGUGCUGUAAGGCAUCUACGCUCUGACCAGGGUACAGCAUUCAUUGGAGCCAGAAACGAGUUGAAGGAAGCGCUGUCUGAAAUGGACCAGGGAAAGGUACAAGAGUACCUGCUUGAGAAUGGAUGUGACUGGAUACCAUUCAAGAUGAAUGUGCCCCAUGCCUCUCAUAUGGGUGGAGUUUGGGAGAGGCAGAUUCAGUCAGUGCGACGUGCACUAGAGCCAUUGCUGAAAUCAUCUGGGAGUCAACUUGAUGAUGAGGCCUUCAGAACCUUCAUGACCGAAGCAGAAGCCAUAAUCAACUCCAGGCCAUUGACGACAACCAAUCUAAGUGACAGUGAAGCACCAGAACCACUGACCCCUCAUCAUAUCUUGACUGCCAAGCCCAAAGUCAUAUUACCCCCACCAGGAGUCUUCCAGCGCGAAGAUGUGUACUCUAGGAAGUGGUGGAGACGCGUCCAACACCUCGCCAAUGAGUUCUGGCUACGAUGGAGGAAAGAAUAUUUGCAGGGACUGCAAGAGCGUAGAAAAUGGACAAGUACAGAAAAAGACUUAACGAUAGGUGAUAUUGUAAUCUCCAAAGAAGAGGAGGGAGGACGAUACAAGUGGCCCUUAGCUAGGGUGAUAGAUGUCUAUCCUAGUGCCGAUGGUAGAAUUAGGAAGGUAAAACUUCUAAUGGCUGAUGGACAGUUAGAUAAUAAUGGCAAACGCCAGAGCCCACCAACUAAAUUCGACAGACCAGUAAACAAGUUAGUUCUUCUGUUACCCAAUCAACAGUAAUUAUUCCCACUCAAAAUCCACAGUAGUAAAGUGGAAGUAUCCCAUUUGUCUCGCGAAAGACUCGGAGCUUUCCCCCUCAAAGAGCCAUUAUCUUUUACAUUUUCAUUUAACGAUGAUAUAAAUGAUGCGUUUAAAUUGUUGUUUUUCUUUUCAUGUAUGGUUCAGUGAUAAUUCUAAAGGCUAGAAUGCUGUUUUAAAGGUUGCAUUGUGUGUAUGUAUCCAUUGGGUAUAUUAUUGGUCAAAGUAUUGUUUAAGAUUAAUUUGUAUUAUGAUGUGGUAUAAUUUGUUGUACUUUAUAUUCGUAAUAAUUGAAGCUAAUUUAGUAAAUGUAGGUACAUUUAAAGGAGCCAUGUCACUACAGCAGUGUGUAGUGAUGUUAUAUUCUCUCAUCCAAUCUUCAUCAAGAG